AUGGGCUUGACAGGGUGCAAGAUCCACUCGGGCGGCAAAUGCUACCCGAAUUGGGCGGCACACUCGGUCGACAACUUGCACAGCGUCGAGAAUACUGCAACCAGCCGCGGAACGACGGCGUUAAUGAAGCCCCGACCGACAAGCCUUGUAGCCAGGCAGGACUUGCCGUCGUUCAACUACAGGCGAUAUCACGAGCACCACCACACCGAGUAUAGCCAAGGGCGCGACAACAAGCCCGAUUGCUACCUUGACCGAGAGCAUAUCUUCGGGAAGCUCGACAAGCAAUAUGGCGGCAAGCACGUCAGCCAGUCCGACGACGGCGCCAUCACCAAGCACUGUUUUAACUACACCUAUCAGUGUCACGAUACCUUCUUCCUCGACGUCUCAUUCUACAGAAACACCGACGUCUUCCGACCUACUGCCAUCAACAUCCCUAACAUCUUCGAUGCUCUCUACAAUCAUUACAUUCUCAACAUCCUUGCGAACGUUGACGGUUUUCACGUCAACUAUCACCACACUAUCUACGCCUUCGACAUUAGUUUCUUCAACAACCCUAGAGCAGACCCUAACAAUGUCAAACCCCUCAACGAUUUUAAUUCCAUCGCCUUCAACAUCUUCAUCGGUGCCCACAUCUGUGUCACCGUCAACAACCCAGCCACCCCCAGAGACCUUGCCAUCGUCAAUUACGUCCGAGGUGUCGAUAGGCGUCUCGACGACGCUAAGCACCAUGCUGGCCGGUACGUCGACGCUAUCAGCGCCGCCGACGACAUCCUUCCAAGCCUCGAGGCCUGCGCCGCCGCGUGUCUGCUGUCGGCGAGCUGUGCUGCGUUCUCCUGA